UGACAUUGAUUAUCACCAACAUAUUCUUUGUUUAUGGUCCCUUGGAUGCAGUUCUGAGCAAAGACAAAGUUCAUACAAGACUUUUCGGGUUUUAAAAACAAGAAAUCGCAUCUUCUUCAAUUUUAAAACAAAGACUUUGCAUCCUCUUGCAAAUUGUUUAUCAUUUUUUUUUAUUGAUCGAUAGAGGAAGAAAAUGAAUAUGGCUAUUCUUCAUCAGAGUCAUUGCAGCAUCAACUUCUCUUCCACUCAUCACUCUUCAUCACUUACCAAGAGAAGAUCUUCUCUUUCCUACAAAUACAAAUUCUCUGCAACAGGAAACAGGAUGGCUCUGUCAUCUUCUGAUGAUAAGGUUUUUGAUGUUGUGAUAGUGGGUGCUGGCAUCAUUGGUUUGAGUGUUGCUCGACAGUUUCUCAUGGAUUCGGACCUGUCAGUUGCUAUAGUUGAUAAAGGUCUUUCUUGUUCUGGUGCCACUGGCGCAGGACAGGGAUAUCUGUGGAUGACACACAAAACACCUGGGAGUCCUACAUGGGAUCUUUCUAUGAGAAGCCACCAACUUUGGACGACGAUGGCAGAUAACCUACAAGAGCAAGGCUUGGAUCCUAUGGUGGAGUUGGGAUGGAAAAAAACAGGGAGCUUAUUAGUCGGUAGAACUCGUGCAGAGUCAGACAUGCUAAAAGUGAGAGCAAAACAGCUUAGUGAGGCUGGGUUGAUAGCAGAGUACCUGUCUAGCAGUGAUUUAUCUAAACGGGAACCUGAUCUGUUGGUGGAUAAAGACACCUCGGCUGCAUUUCUACCAGAUGAUUGCCAAUUGGAUGCUCAUCGUACUGUUGCAUAUAUUGAAAAGGGUAACAGGAAUUUUGCAUCAAAAGGAAGAUAUGCAGAAUUUUAUGAUGAUCCAGUGAAAUGCUUCAUCAGGUCAGAAGAUAGCAAUGGAGGUGUCGAAGCAGUUCAGACUUCCAAAACUACGUUAUACAGCAAGAAGGCGAUUAUAGUUGCUGCUGGUUGUUGGACUGGUUCUUUAAUGAAAGAUUUGUUUAGAAAUUGGGGAAUGGAGUUUCAUGUUCCUGUGAGGCCUAGAAAGGGUCACUUGCUUGCGCUUCAGAAUUUCAAUUCUCUUCAAUUGAACCAUGGCCUAAUGGAAGCAGGUUAUGUUGAUCAUCCAUCUAUUUCUGGUUUGGAAUCAUCAGAUCAUGGACGGGACUUAUCUGUUUCAAUGACUGCAACAAUAGAUGCCGCAGGAAAUCUUCUUAUUGGGAGCAGCCGCGAAUUUGUUGGGUUCAACACUGAUUUGGAUGAGUCUGUUAUUAGUCACAUUUGGAAGCGUGUUGGAGAAUACUUCCCGAAAUUGAGAAGUCUUUCCCUUUCAGAUCUCAGCGAAAGUAGAAAAGUCCGAAUAGGAUUACGACCUUACAUGCCUGAUGGUAAGCCAGUGAUUGGGCCUGUGCCUGGCUUGUCAAAUGUUUAUCUUGCGGCUGGACAUGAAGGGGGUGGACUUUCAAUGGCUUUGGGGACUGCUGAAAUGGUUGUUGAUGUGGUGUUGGGCCGACCAGGAAAUGUCGAUAGCGCACCUUUUGUUGUUGAUCGAGGUGUUGAGUAAAUGCGAGCGAUUCAUGAGUACUGUAAGUAGUGGCCUAGGAUUUGAAAGCACACACAUGCUCGCUUGGAAUUAUCAUGCAUCAGUUCUUAGUGAGUUAUGUCCAUGUUGAAGUCUCUCUUUGUUCGACCAAAAAAGAAAAGUCUAUUUGUUUUGUGACUUGUUUUUCAGUGAAUUUGGUUCUCAUGUAAUCCCUUUCUUAUAUUAUCUUAACAGUGGCUUUUCUUUUUUGAGUAAUAAUCUUAUGAAAGAAUUGAUAAACCA